AUGAAGCAGAGAUUCUCGUCCUUGGAUGUCAAGGUCAUCUCCCAGGAACUUGCAUCGGAGAUAGUCAAUUUGCGAGUUUCGAACAUCUACGACCUCUCCUCGCGCAUUUUCCUCUUCAAAGUCGCCAAACCCGACCACCGCAAACAGCUCGUCGUCGACUCGGGCUUCCGCUGCCAUGUCACGCAAUACUCCAGAGCGACUGCUUCAGCGCCCACUCCGUUCGUGACGCGCAUGCGCAAGUUCCUCAAAUCUCGACGCAUCACCUCCAUCGAACAGAUCGGCACGGAUCGAAUCAUCGACUUCUCCUUCAGCGAUGGCAUGUACCACAUGUUCUUGGAGUUCUUUGCCGGCGGAAAUAUCAUCAUCACCGAUCGCGAGUACAAUAUCCUCGCGCUAUUUCGACAGGUUCCAGCUGGCGAGGGACAGGAUGAGACCCGCGUCGGAGUCAAGUAUACGGUGACCAAUAAGCAAAAUUAUCACGGUAUUCCGGAUAUCACAAGAGAGAGGGUCAAGGAGACGGUGGAGAAGGCUAAGGCCCUAUUCGCACAGGAGGGGAAUGCGCCGAAGAAGUCCAAGAAGAAGAAUGCGGAUGUGCUCCGCAAGGCUCUGUCGCAGGGGUUCCCGGAGUAUCCGCCCCUGUUGUUGGAUCAUGCGUUUGCUGUGAAGGAGCUGGACCCCGCUACCCCGCUCGACGAGGUUUUGCAGGAUGAGGCGCUACUGCUAAAGGUCGUGGAUGUGUUGGAGGAGGCGAAGGUCGAGACGGAUAAGCUGGCUACGGAGAAGAGUCAUCCUGGUUAUAUUGUUGCGAAGGAUGAUACUCGUCCGUCUGCGGACUCGCCGGCUCAGGGUGAUGAGGAGGCCGCUCGGAAACCGGGAUAUCUGUAUGAAGAUUUCCACCCGUUCAAGCCUAAGCAGUUUGAGGGCAAGCCGGGUGUUACUAUUCUGGAGUACCCGUCCUUCAACGCGACGGUUGAUGAGUACUUUUCGUCGAUUGAAACACAGAAGUUGGAGUCGCGGCUCACGGAGCGGGAAGAGGCUGCGAAGAAGAAGCUUGAUGCUGUUCGACAGGAACAUGCCAAGCGCAUCGGCGCUCUUAAGGAGGUUCAGGAACUGCAUAUUCGCAAGGCGGGGGCGAUUGAAGAUAAUGUCUACCGGGUUCAAGAAGCGAUGGAUGCAGUUAAUGGCCUAAUUGCUCAGGGUAUGGACUGGGUCGAAAUUGCCCGUCUCAUUGAGAUGGAGCAAGGCAGAGGAAACCCAGUGGCUAAUAUCAUCAAGCUGCCAUUGAAGCUCUACGAGAAUACGAUUACGUUGAUGCUUGGGGAGUCGGGCGAAGAGCAGGACGAAGGCGAGGAUCUGUUCUCGGACGAUGACUCUGAAUCAGAGGAUGAGCAGGAAGAAGUUGCUAAGGCCCAAAAACAGUCAAACAACAUGCUGACAAUUGAUAUUGAUCUCGGCCUGUCUCCCUGGGCGAACGCAACACAGUACUACGAACAGAAGAAGAUGGCUGCCGUGAAGGAGCAGAAGACAACGCAGUCCUCGACCAAGGCUCUCAAAAGUCACGAGAAGAAAGUGACGCAGGACUUGAAGAAGGGUCUGAAGCAGGAGAAGCAGGUUCUUCGGCCUGCGAGAAAGACUUUCUGGUUCGAGAAAUUCCUCUUCUUCAUCUCGUCGGAAGGGUAUCUGGUCCUAGGUGGCCGCGAUGUGAUGCAAAGCGAGAUCCUCUACCGCCGCUACCUCAAGAAAGGCGAUGUGUUCGUGCACGCCGAUCUACAAGGUGCCACGCCCAUGAUCGUCAAGAACAGACCCAACUCACCUAACGCACCCAUUCCCCCAAGCACCCUUUCGCAAGCCGGUAAUCUUUGCGUGGCUACGUCCAGCGCCUGGGAUUCCAAGGCCAUCAUGUCAGCAUACUGGGUUAAUGCGAGCCAAGUUAGCAAGACUGCUGACGCGGGAGGCCUCCUUCCCACCGGCGAGUUCCUCAUCAAGGGCGAAAAGAACUUCCUGGCCCCCUCACAGCUCGUCCUAGGAUUUGGAGUUAUGUUUCAGGUGAGCAAGGAGAGUCUCCGGAACCAUAAGCUGCACCGGUUCGAUGAACCCGUGGCUACGGAAGCGCCUGUGGAAGGUCAGGAAGCCGACAAGGAAGCCGAUGACAAGCCUGUCGAGCAAGAAGUACAGGUUACUAAGUCCGAGGGACCAGCUGAAGUGGAGCAGGAGCGAGAGCAGAGCAGCGAGUCUGAAGGGGAACAAGAGGAUGAUGCUGCGAUCCCAGCUAGAAACCCGUUGCAACGCGGGUCAUCAGAGCCCACCCAAACAGAUCUGGUUGCAGCAUACGAAUCCCAGAACGCUCAGCCUGAUGAUGCAGCUGAAGAGGAAAAGGAAGAAGAAGCCGAAGAACCGAACGGUAACAAUGAAGAUGAGCAAAGUGCUCAAGAAGAGCCAGCCGAGGAUGAGAAGGACGAGGAGGAGAGUGCGACAUCGCCACAAACUCAUGAUGAUCGACAACUCUCUGCAAGAGAAAGGCGGAUGGCUAGAAAAGGAAGAGCGUCGGAGCUGGAUGGCCCUGCAACGAACGGAACAUCUGCCAAAUCUACUAACAGCAAGCAAGCCCCAACUCGGGGUAAGAGGGGCAAGGCAAAGAAGGCCGCACAGAAGUACGCUGAUCAGGACGAGGAGGACCGGGAACUGGCUCUACGCUUGCUAGGUGCCAAGAGUGCCAAAGCUGAAAAGGCAGCUGCAGAAGCCGAGGCAAAGGCCAAGCGUCAGAAAGAAGCAGAGGAAGCGAAGAAACGACGCAGAGCACAGCAUGAACGCGCCGCGGAAGCGGAGCGGAAACGGCAGGCUCUCUUUGAGGGUGGUGCCGAUGAGUACGAUGAAGAAACCGCCGCAGCAGAAGCAGCAGAUAUGGAGUGGAUUCCUGCAUUGAUUGGAACUCCUCAUCCAGAUGAUGAGAUCCUGGCUGCCAUUCCUGUGUGCGCUCCUUGGGCUGCCUUGGGUCGGUACAAGUAUCGUAUCAAGUUGCAACCCGGCACUGUGAAGAAGGGCAAGGCCGUCAAGGAGAUCAUCGGACGCUGGGUUGCCGAAACGACAACAGGCAAGGUCAAGAAAGAACACGCCGAAGACGCUGGUAUCGACAGAGCUACCGCUGAGAAGCUUCGCGCGCGGGAAGGAGACCUGAUCAAAAUGUGGAAGGACACGGAGGUCAUCAAUAGCGUCCCCGUCGGUAAGGUGCGCAUUAUGGCUGGGCCAGCACCUAGCGGAGGUGAUAAGGGCAAAGGCAAAGGUGGCGGUGCCGUGACUCACCCCACGAUCGCUCGUUCCUCUGCUCUGUUCGGGGAACGAAUAUCGCCUGCCAAUCUGGUUCUACUCCUAUCUCGCCUUACUGCUCGCGGUCUCCCGCGCAGCUUCAGUAGAUUCACUUCCACCGCCCCAGCAACCAUGACUCCCAAAGCUUCCACCCGGAUCGCAUCGGUGCGCCGUCUCAACAAAGAAGGCCCCGGAGAGCGAUCCCUCGCAGAGUGGUGGGCCAACGAACGCGAUAACCACACCCCGGAAGCGGCCGCCAUCGAGGACGCGGCGCAACUCCUCCGAACCAGCGAUAUUCCCGUUGCUUUCCCCACAGAGACAGUGUAUGGACUGGGUGCAGAUGCGACGCGGAGUGAUGCAGUGCAAGGGAUCUACAAGGCGAAGCAGAGGCCGUCAGAUAACCCGUUGAUUAUACAUGUCGAUUCGCUGGGGAUGUUGGAGCGGUUACUCAACCCCACACAGGAAAGCCCAUCGCGCAGAACUUCCACUGCGAAGAACGCUAUCCCCCCCAUCUACGACUCGGUCAUUUCCCGCUUCUGGCCUGGUCCUCUCACAAUCCUCCUCCCUAAUCCCUCCGGCUCCCCUCUUGCUCCCGAAGUCACCUCCAAACUUACGACAUUUGGUGUGCGCAUGCCCUCAUCCCCGCUUGCACGCUUGUUGAUCCAUGUAACGGACCGACCACUGGCGGCUCCCUCAGCCAACGCAUCCACGAAGCCCUCCCCGACGGCGGCAGAACAUGUAUUCCAUGACCUUGAAGGUCGCAUUGAGCUGAUCCUUGAUGGUGGUCCCUGUGGCGUAGGCGUGGAGAGUACGGUUGUCGACGGGCUGUCCGACCCCCCGGCUAUUCUUCGACCGGGCGGGAUUGGAAUCGAGGAGCUGCGGACGUGCGCUGGGUGGGAGAAUGUACAGGUCGGAUAUCAUGACGGCACACUAGACGUGAAGGAGAUCCCACGGGCACCGGGCAUGAAGUACCGACACUACUCGCCCAAGGCACGCGUGGUGCUGUUCGAAGCCGGCUCCGAUGAGGAAGCCGUCACGAGACAUAUCCGCAAGGACCUGGAAGAUUCGGCCAUCGGAGCACACAUGAUCGGAGUUGUCCGCACGCAACACUGGAAGCGCGGGUUGGGGUUGCUGUCUGCCGACGAGAUGCAAAAGAGCCUGAAGCGCAUCCCAUCGCUCGUGGACGAGCUAGUGGGAUUCUCCGUCCCUGUAAGCGACCAAGUCAACGGAAGCACUGCAACCAAGGAGACCUUCGACUGCCACCUCGGCACGGAUGUCAAGUCGAUCGCGCAGGGCCUCUUCUCUGCGCUACGGGCCAUGGAUGAAAUGGAGGUGGAUGUCAUUUACGUCGAGGGUGUGCCUGAUCACCAGGGCGAUCUGGCAGCUGCUGUCAUGAACCGGCUGCGCAAAGCCGCUGGGGCGGAACUCCGGGUAUAA